CAUCCUGUUCACAACGUGUCGAGCCCUCGACGCUCUGCUUAACAUAAAUCCCUACACCCGCCCCUGCAUCACCCCUGCAACCCUCCGUUGCUCUGACGACGAUCAGUAAGACGGAGUUGCAGAACCUCGAUGAAUGGAAUCGAUCAUACGCUUGCCAUAUAAGGCAGUUAUGGAGCUUACAAUAUACUCUAAUUCACCGCCACCCCUUUUCUCACCGCGAUAUCACCAACAUGCACAUGGACCAUGACUACGUGCCCUAGUGGUGCACGAUCAGGGAGAGUAUUGGAAAAGCCAGUAGGGAUUAUCCACUGGAAUCCCUCCACUCCGUAGUUAAGGCCGACGUCCACUGGUUAUGGCAGCUCGUGCAAUGGACGAGUAUAUGUAUACCACCAGCGCACUCUUCACGAGGAGACCCAUUUUCUUUCAGCAUCUUAGCUAUCUCCAGAAUGGCGAACUAUACAGCAUCACCGGAAGCCGUCGUCAGCUUCGUAACGCAGCUCGGCCUAUCCCCGUCCGAUGUUUCUCAAGUCUCUACCGCUCUUGCAAAUGCUGCUGCCUUCGGGUCAAUCGGACUGCUGGCACUGUCUCUCUUAUUCCCCCACCUAACCUUCUGGCCCGACAGUGCAAACUACACGGCGAUUCAACAAGUGAACUGGUCAACGAGAGCAUGGCUCCCGGCAGCGCUGAUAUUCACCCCGGACACCACCGACGCGGUUUCGAAAGGUGUAAAAGUUACGUCCUAUUUCGGCAUUGAGUUCUCUGUUCGGGGCGGUGGCCACAUGCAUUUCCCCGGAGCUGCCAGCUCCGAUGGUGGCCUCCUGAUAGCCAUGGAAAAGCUCUCGUCUCUUUCACUCGACGAGGCAAAGAAGGUCGUGUCCAUCGGCGCCGGCAACCGAUGGAUCAGCGUUUACCAGUUCCUUGAGCCCUACGGCCUCGCUGCAGUCGGCGGCCGUGUACCCGUAGUCGGUGUUGCGGGAUUGCUCACCGGCGGCGGAAACUCGUUCUACACCACCUCGCACGGCAUGGCGUGCGACACCAUCAAGAGCCUCGAGGUCGUCCUCGCCAGCGGCAAGGUCGUCACCGCAUCGGCGAAGCAGAACUGGGAUCUCUUCAAGGCGCUGAAGGGUGGAGGAAACAACUUCGGCAUCGUCACCCGCUUCGAUCUCCACACCGUUCCGCAGCCAAAGGGUGUCUGGGCCGGUUUGACGACGUACACUCCCGACAAGUUCGGAUCUGUCAUCGAUACCCUGGUGACGUAUCAGGACAAGCACCAGGUCGAGGAUCCGAAAGCGGCUAUGAUUCAGAACGCCAUCUUCACCGGCGGCAGUACCCAGAUCUGGAUGUCGUUCCUUUUCCACGCCGAGACCGACAAUCCCGCGUCUCUGCAAGACUGGAAGACCCUGGGCCCUAUGUCCGAUACCACCAACAGAACGACACUGGCAAAAUUCGUCAACGCCGCAUACUCGGGCCAGGGAGUACCUGCUCCCGGAAGACAGCACAUGAGUACCAUCUCCAUCGGGGUCGAUGCCGAGCUGUACAAAGAGGUUCUCGCACAAUUCAACGCGACCUUCACGGCCGCCAACGUCCCGGGGCUUCAAGUAACACUCACCUACCAGCCCAUGGCCGUCUCCACCGUCCGCCACGGUAAGAAGAUGGGCGGCAACGUCCUCGGCGUCAAGGAGGAAGCGCAGACGUGGCUCGACAUCACAAGCUCGUGGAGCGACGCUGCAUAUGACGAGACGGUGAUCGGUUCUACGACUAAGCUCAUUGCGGAUAUCGAGGUCAUGGCCAAGAAGAGGGGCCUUUACUAUGACUACAUGUUCCUCAAUGAUGCGGGCGAGGGCCAGAAGAUCAUUGAGAGCUACGGCGAGGCGAACGUUAAGUUCUUGAAGGUCGUGGCGAAGAAGUACGACCCCACCGGCGUCUUCCAGAAGUUGUCAAAGGGUGGAUUCAAGCUGCCGUGAUUUUUUGGAUAGAAGGGUUGGCGGGGCAGCUCUGGCCUUGGAGGAGGGAAACCGUGGAGGGAGAACUCUGGACAUGUAAAGUACUAUAUAGGAG